UCUACAGUGUACUCGAAAGGAGCAUAGAGAGGUAGGAUCGAAGGAUUAGGUAUAAGGACUGAGGAAGAUGGAUUUUAAGUUUGACCAGCAGCCCGGGGAGCCAUACCCGGUCAAAGCCCUGUGCUAUGUCCAGAAAUGCACUAGAGCAGUAUUGCUUGUUUUCUAGGGCUGCAGAUAUAUGAUCAACGACUCGGAAUCCUUGUUGAAUAGAGGAGUGUUUUGAGCGAAAACCAAAUUGAUGGGAAAGAAGAUUUUGAAAUUCUAUAAGGAGUAGGAUUCGUUUCAAAAGAAUUAUUCCAAAGAUUUUUGGGAGUAUAUUUAUUGGUCUGUAGGAUCUCAAGCUGUUGGGAAGUUUGCCUGGCUUUGGAAAAUGGAUAAAAGUGGAAUGUUUCCAUAAUAGAGGGAAGUGUGUGGUUACCAAAGGAAGCUGUAAUAGCCAAUAACGACUUUAGGUUAAGUUUUAUAAACACUUAUUUUUAUUACUUGCCCAUCAUUAUAACUUAUUUAGUUACAAAUUUUGGACAAAUAACAUUGCUGUGACAUGUCUAACAGCGUCGAAACAGCAAUGGAGGAACGAGUGGAAGAAGAACAGAUCUUAAAGCAUCCAAGGUCUGCCGUAAAACGGCAAAGAAAGGGAUCCCCUGAUUCCCGUGAUGAUAGAGUGGCAGAGACGGAGUGCUCGGCCAGACCCGCAAAAAAGGUCAGGUGGGGAAACUGCGAAGAAUCCUCCAGAUCUAAAAGCCAGCGGGAGGAAGAAAGGGGAAAACCGACUCCAGGAUCGGCAGGAGAGAUCGGAAUUCCCGCACCUAUGCCACUCAGAAGCACAGGAGUAGAGAUGUGUCGCGAGAGGAAUAUGCGCCCCGAAUCUGAAGAGGAGGAGGAGAGCGAAUUUACAGUGGUGGAAAGUAGAAGGAAGAAGAGGAAGGCGAGAAAGAAGAAGAGGCAAAAGACUUCCACUCCAGUAGAGGGCCAGAAAGGGAAAGAAACUGAGAGGCAGCACAGCCACAGCGACCUGCUCAACGGGCUGGGGGAUAUGGUUGAGCGGAAGCUGCUCUCGGAGCAGGACCCCCUAAGAGCAUCGAAGGCUAGAGAAACCUAUGUCACCAUCAAGGGUCAGGAAGAUUGGAACCCGAGGGACAUAUGGGAAAUGCUCCCCGAGGACAUAAGGGGAGAGGCCCAGACGGACUUUGACGUGGUCAAGGUAACGUAUAAGAAGUACGCCCUCGUAAGAACGAAAGGCCCAGAAGAAGCCAAGAAGCUCAUAGGGUGGGACAGGCUCCGGGAGAAAGGCCUGACGGCACAGCUGGCCAGCAAAAGGAAGCCCCGAUUAGAAAUAAUGUGGGUGCCUUCCGAGAGGACAGCUGAGAGGCUGAGAGGCUGA